AUGAGGAAGUGGCUCGAGUUUGAUUUACAGAUCGAUGUAAUCUAUCAUUUAAUCUCUGGUAUAUUGUUGUUUCCUAUAUCGCUGGUCGCACGUAUGUUAGCGCUACUUGUGUUUCGUGAACUCUGGAAUGCACUGGGUAGUUCUCAUGUCGUUUACGAUACCGAUUACGUACUUUUGGCAUACGGCGGCCUUAAGGGAGCACUCGCGCUGCUUCUGGUCCACGAAUUCACAGAAAGUGUUGAACAUGAUCCAUAUGCUAGCCGAGUGGGCGAGAAGGUGGUGCUCUAUGCCAGUUCCGCCGUUUUCGUGUGCUUAGUUAUACAGGGUAUGACAUUUUCGUAUGUGACAAAUCGCGAGGGAACAAAUCGCCGCUCUCGCUACAUUAAAGAUUCGGAAAAGAACGUAGAGCGUCAUUUGAACCGUACAUUACGCUCUAAUAUCGGUGCAAUGCGCCGACAAGCUGAUUCAUACCUGACAGAAGCGAACUGGGCCGUUGUUAAUGAACAGAUCGAAGCUAAUGUUUUUAAGGGUUUUGCAAGAAAUAUAGGACAGUAUUCUCGAGUUCAGACCAGUUUUAUCGAAGAAUCAAUGAAAAGUAUGGACAGCCAAUCAGUUGAUGAGUCUUCACUUAUGAAAAAAGACAAUAGCGACGUAUGCACCAGUUACUACAGUAUCCUGUUGGCACGAGUGUAUAGCUUAUGGUCAUUGGGAGCGGUAGCAGGACGCGCAGCUCACCUAGUCAUCGACCUUCUAGAGCACGGUGUCGAUGAGGGCCAGCUGACACUUGCCGAUUUCCGAGAACAUAUUUAUUCCGCUGAAGACAAAUGGUGGUGCGUAUUUUCCGCAUUUCUGGCCAUCUUGCAAUCAUUGCUGAUUGCCUUUGCCAUUUUCUGGCGUCCAGAAGUGCCAGCGCGUAUUAGUUAUGCUAUAUUUAUGUUCACAUUUCUUAUCGCUUUCAUAUUUUUCACUGAAGAAAUUGUGCACUUCCACCGGUUGCGGAAACCAACAUAUCAACAGGAUUUGGAGCGUCUGGAUAUGGGCUGUAUUAGUCGACUCUCCAUCGAAUUUUUACUUUUGCUUCUCUACAUCUUCCUAAUCUUUGGCAUUUGCGUUACUUUAUCUGUCAUUCUAGCUAAAUAUCCGAACGGUUCAUGUGUAAGGGAUGAUGGGAGAUGGAGAGUACUCUCUGUCUGUAAUGCUAUGCGCUUUCUGUUACUUUCUUUCCUAGUGCUGUUGGCCCUGCUGAAACUUAUCCGUGCCACUCCGUUGUUUAUUUUCACGCUUCAUGAGGCGCUAUAUUCUGCUAGCCUCAUACGAAUCCGUGUUCAACUCUCAGCACUGUAUUUCCUUCAAUUUCUACUCAGCCAACCGCCUGCAAAAUUUACAUUUUUUCCUGGCGAUUCAUAUCAGGUAGCACUCGGCGAACAGAAACAUUUGAACAAAAUUGUCGAUGCUCUGAUCCGGAAAGUGAUGAAGCAGAGUCGGGAAGUGCUGGAUCUGAUUACCGUGAUCAAAACCAAACAAGCCAUCCGAAUGGCCGCGCAAACACUUGAACAUACUGUCGUCGACCUGCAAAAGUUACUUAUCACUCUUGGACAAGGAUUUUUGCAUCACGAAUCAAUGCAACAAUGGGAGCGGUCACUCACUCGUUUACGCGAACAUGGCGAACGCUUGGUCAGCGCACCAGUCUCCAGUUUCCAAGAUCUUUUGGAAUCUGUCCACUGGAUCCAGGCUAUUGACAUCCGGAAAAGGCAAGAUCUGAUUGACAAAUUGGUCAAACAUUUUGAGCAACAGCAAGGAAUUGAACAGCCCAAUGGUCAGCUGGUGCAAACAUUCGAGAAAACCAUGUAUUUUGUACAGAAAGGCAUUUGCAAGUUCGUUUCUUUGCCAGAAUGUUUUUAA